AUGACUACGAUAUUCAUAGAUGCCUUAUUCAUUUGUGUCAUCAGGAAGCAUGUGUUGAACGCCGACGCUCCGAAAGAACAACCUCCGAAAGAGAACACUCCCAAAAAGAAAUCGCUCAAAGCCGACCCCGUCCAGGCAGGGACGGAAACGUACACGUAUAUAGCACCGACAAACACACUCCUGGAGCGAUUGCAGAGGCAAAACGAUGUUUUGAUUGGACGAGAGGAGUAUCUCAAGAGUGAAUUUGUCACAGCCGGUAACAGAGCCUAUCUGAUUGGUCACCAGGACGGCAGUUUCCCGCCAAUGGGAUGGCACAUAGCCGGGGAGAUGGGUGGACUGUGGACCCAUCCAAUUAAAUUGCUCGAUGGCUUUGAUGCGACGCUAAACUACAAACUAAGCACAGCCGACGGCGAUAUAAAGGGCAUUUCAAAACUAACUAAUGCACACCGCUUCACCAACUACCCCGUCGGAAAUACACACACCUUCUCAACGAAUGAGGGUGUUCAAAAGAAAGAGUAA